CUAAAUUAUUUGUUGACUGAUGAGCAAAUAAAGGAGGACUUGAGAACACUGAAUAAGCUUAAAUCACCCAAGAGACCAGCCUCCCCCUCCUCUCCUGAACACCUCCCAGCUACACCAGCAGAGUCUCUGGCACAGCGGUUUGAGGCCCGGAUAGAAGAUGGAAAACUCUACUAUGAUAAGAGAUGGUACCACAAGAGUCAGGCUAUUUACCUGGAGUCUAAAGAGAACACGAAGAUCAGCUGUGUGAUCAGUUCUGUGGGUGCCAAUGAGAUCUGGGUGAGGAAGACCAGUGACAGCACAAAGAUGAGGAUCUAUCUGGGGCAGCUGCAGCGAGGUGUUUUUGUGAUCCGCCGGCGAUCGGCCGCGUGACCGUGUGUGCUCCUCCUUGGUCCUCUGUUGUUUUUAACUGAUCACCAGACCUGUGCCAGGGAAUGGCAGGCUGUGCACUCAGCCCAGCAGCAGAGAGCACUGUCAUGACCUCUGGCAAGACAGUUUGUGGCUGGCCACAUAAUCCCCAGUAGUCCUUAAAUUUUUAGUGAUGCCCAAGCACUGCCCUGGACUAUUUCUGGAUUUUGCAUCAAGCUUCUGUUAUGCUUUCUUUGUAUUUGGGGUG